CCGCCUCCCCUUCUUCCAUUGGUGGGGCCCGCUUCCGACCCUGUACGAUGACGUGUUGCCGCGAUCCAGUGGCGUCACGCGUUGUCAAGUUUACUGACUGGGAAGUGGUCUCGAAGCGGUCGCGGACCGCCCUGGAUGGAGUUCGCCUGGCGGGGAAAUGACCGACCAGGAGAACAACAACAGUAUCUCCAGUAACCCCUUCGCCGCGCUCUUCGGCUCCGUCGCCGACGCCAAGCACUUCGCCGAGGUCCAGAAGCAGCACCAACUGACGCCGCCCGUUGUGGAGGAAACCUCGGCCAGCCAAGAUGAUUCUGACAACAGCGUGUCUGAAAGCCUGGAUGAUUGUGACUACUCUGUGGCUGAGAUCAGCCGCUCAUUCCGUUCCCAGCAGGAGCUCUGUGAGCAGCUCAACAUCAACCACAUGAUCCAGAGAAUCUUCCUGAUCACGCUUGACAACAGUGACCCCAAUCUCAAAAGUGGCAAUGGGAUUCCUGCACGCUGUGUGUACUUGGAGGAAAUGGCAACAGACUUGGAGGAUCAGGAUUGGCUUGACAUGGAGAAUGUGGAGCAGGCUCUCUUUACCCGGCUACUCCUCCCUGAACCAGGGAAUCACCUGAUUCACAUGACCUCGGCUGGCAUACAGAAUCUAUCAGCUGACAGAGAUGCAGGGGAGAAGCACAUAUUUCGCUACCUCUUUGCCAGCUUCCAGAGGGCAAAGGAGGAGAUUACCAAAGUGCCAGAGAACCUGUUGCCCUUUGCCAUGCGCUGCCGAAACCUUUCUGUGUCCAACACUCGCACGGUCCUCCUCACCCCGGAGAUCUAUAUCAACCAAAAUGUCUACGAGCAGCUAGUGGACUUGAUGCUGGAGUCCCUUACAGGAGCCCGCUUUGAAGAUGUCACUGAGUUCCUGGAGGAAGUCAUAGAAGGCCUCACUAUGGAUGAGGAAGUGAAGACCUUUGAGGAAGUAAUGGUGCCUGUCUUUGAUAUCCUCUUGGGACGGAUCCGAGAGCUGCACCUUUGCCAGAUCCUGCUAUACUCCUACCUGGACAUGCUCCUCUACUUCACUAGGCAGAAAGAUAUAGCGAAAGUUUUUGUAGAGUACAUCCAGCCAAAGGACCCAGCCAAUGGGCAGCUCUACCAGAAGACUUUGCUGGGAGUUAUCUUGAGCAUCUCAUGCUUGCUGAAGACCCCAGGUGUGGUAGAGAACCACGAUUACUUCUUGAAUCCCUCUCGGUCCAGCCCUCAGGAGAUCAAGGUGCAGGAAUCCAACAUCCACCAGUUCAUGGCUCAGUUCCAUGAGAAGAUCUACCAGAUGCUCAAGAACCUGCUGCAGCUAUCACCACAAACAAAGCACCGAAUCCUGUCCUGGCUGGGAAACUGUCUCCAUGCUAAUGCAGGCCGCACGAAGAUAUGGGCCAACCAGAUGCCAGAGAUUUUCUUCCAGAUGUAUGCCUCGGAUGCCUUCUUCCUCAACUUGGGGGCCGCCCUCCUCAGGCUAUGCCAGCCCUUUUGUAAGCCCAGAUCGCCCCGGCUCCUCACAUUCGACCCCACCUACUGUGCGCUGAAAGAGCUGAAUGAGGAAGAGCAGCGGAGCAAGAAUGUGCAUAUGAAAGGUUUGGAGAAAGAAACCUGCUUGAUCCCAGCCACAACUGAGCAGGAGCCAGAGUUUGCCCCCAGCUACAACCUCGUGACGGAGAACUUGGUGUUGACCCAGUAUACCCUCCAUUUAGGAUUUCACAGGUUGCAUGACCAGAUGAUCAAACUAAACCAAAGCCUUCACCGGCUGCAGGUGGCCUGGCGAGAGGCUCAGCAGAGCUCCAGCCCUUCAGCAGACAACCUUCGGGAGCAGUUUGAGCGUCUCAUGACCAUCUAUCUCUCCACCAAAACAGCUAUGACAGAGCCGCAGAUGUUGCAGAACUGUCUUCACCUGCAGGUCUCCAUGGCUAUUCUCCUGGUCCAGCUGGCCAUUGGAAACCAAGGGACCGAGCUGGUAGACCUGACAUUCCCUCUGUCUGAGGUGGAGAAGAACGCUCUGGCCUAUGUCCCAGAAUUUUUUGCUGACAACUUGGGUGACUUCUUCAUAUUCUUGCGCCGCUUUGCUGAUGAUCUUCUGGAAACGUCAGCUGACUCCCUGGAGCACAUCCUUCAUUUUGUGACUAUCUUCACUGGGGAUGUGGACAGGAUGAAGAACCCACACCUGCGAGCCAAGCUGGCUGAAGUGUUAGAGGCUGUAAUGCCUCACAUGGACCAGGUGCAGAAUCCCCUUGUCUCCAGUGUCUUCCAUCGCAAGAGGGUCUUCUGCUCCUACCGGCAUGCUGCCUACCUUGCCGAGGCGCUCAUCAAGGUCUUUGUGGACAUUGAGUUCACUGGGGAUCCCCAUCAGUUCGAGCAGAAGUUCAACUAUCGCAGGCCUAUGUACCCCAUCCUCAGGUAUAUGUGGGGCAUUGAUUCCUACCGGGAAAGCAUCAAGGCACUCGCCGACUAUGCCUCAAAGAACCUAGAAGCAAUGAAUCCCCCUCUCUUUUUGCGCUUCCUAAACUUGCUCAUGAAUGAUGCCAUCUUCUUGUUGGAUGAAGCCAUUCAGUACCUGAGUAAGAUCAAGAUCCAGCAGAUUGAGAAGGACCGGGGUGAGUGGGAUGCCCUGUCUACAGAGCUGCGGCGUGAGAAGGAAGCCAGCCUGCAGAUGUUUGGGCAGCUGGCUCGCUUCCACAACAUCAUGUCCAAUGAGACCAUUGGGACCCUGGCCUUCCUGACUUCAGAGAUCAAGUCCCUCUUUGUGCACCCCUUCCUGGCUGAGCGCAUUAUCUCCAUGCUCAACUACUUCCUGCAGCACUUGGUGGGCCCCAAAAUGGGGGCUUUAAAGGUCAAAGACUUCAGCGAGUUUGACUUCAAACCCCAACAGCUGGUUUCUGACAUCUGCACCAUCUACUUAAAUCUGGGGGACGAGGAGAACUUUUGUGCCACGGUGCCCAAGGAUGGGCGAUCGUAUUCCCCAACUCUUUUUGCUCAGACAGUCAGAGUCCUGAAGAAGAUUAACAAGCCUGGCAACAUGAUUGUGGCAUUUAGCAACCUGGCAGAGAGGAUCAAGUCCCUUGCAGACCGCCAACUGCAGGAAGAGGAGACCUAUGCGGAUGCCUGUGAUGAGUUUCUGGACCCUAUCAUGAGUACUUUAAUGAUGGACCCGGUGCUGCUGCCUUCCUCUCGGGUCACCGUAGAUAGAUCGACAAUUGCCAGGCACCUCCUGAGUGACCAGACUGACCCUUUCAACCGGAGCCCCCUCACCAUGGACCAGAUCAGACCAAAUACUGAACUCAAGGAGCGGAUCCAGCAGUGGCUCGCAGAGCGGAAGAAAGAAAAGGAGCAGUUGGAAGGGACUCUGUGACCUGGAUUGUGGCCCUGGCUGGGCUUCCGCAACCCCCAGGACCUUUAAGCUGCCUGCUCCUUCCCUCUUUUGCGCUACCACUGCGGAGUUGUGGGGGGAGAAGUGUGGGGGUUCUAUGGGCCUGUUUUUGGUUUUGGGUUUUUUGCCGUUAGGACUUUUGUCAGGAAUCUUUAGCUGCUCCCUGCCUUUUUGGUUCACCUGCUGUCCGGUUUCCACAGCAACUGCCCUUCCCGGUAUCCCUGCCCAGAUAGGUUUCCCUUCUGUUACAGCAGCAGUUCUCGUGCCAGAAACUUUUUUUCUGUUUUAAUGUGAAGGCAAAAGCUGCACUCUCCCCAUUGGACAGACCUUUCUUUAUGCAAUCCUGACACUAUUGGUGGAGAUCUGCAACUCACUUUGGUCCACACAGGGGGACUAUUAUCCGCCAACAGCCUUUGGGUAGAGGAAGCUGAUGCCAAGAGGCUGGGUGAAUGUUUGCUGUAGCAUUUGCCCCCUCCCCGAGCUUGACAUAUCAUACUGUGGUGAUGAGCCCCCGUUGUUGCUUUUGCUGGCAAUGACUUAAGUCUUCUGGGCUGGUGGGCCUGCGCCCAAAGCACUGUGUACAUGUUCAUGCAGGUGCCCUAUAAAUCCUGCCUGCAUUUAUACUGUGCCUGUUGCAUGUCAAUAUGUAUGCAGUGUGUAUAUAGUAUGACAUUCACUUUAGACCAAUAAAAGUGUCAGGUGUCCAUGUU